AUGGCGAAGCGCCUGGUCAGCACUGGCAAGUUCCUCACGAUGCACAAGCGCCGUAAGAAGCGUCUCCUCACCAGAUCACUUAGCCAGGAGACGGCACUGCUGGACGACCUGCUGCUAGGACAAGUGCAGUGUAUUCUGCAGCAGUCUGCGACGUGGAAGUUCAACGCUUUCACCCUGGAUAAUGUGUCUGGUGGCCGUUGCUUGCCGGUACUCUGCAUACACCUGUUUCACAUGUACGGGCUGAUUUCGCACUUCAAGCUGGACGUGGCUAAGGCCUGGAAGCUGUUCAGCAUGAUCGAGGACGGUUAUCACAGCUCCAAUCCGUACCACAACUCGAUACAUGCAGCUGAUGUGACGCAGGCGAUGCAUUGCUUCCUGCAACAACAGCGGGUAAGAGAUCUCUUAAUUGCAGCUUGUGACCUCUCGUGUGUCGCAGUCCAUCCAGACAAAGUUGCCUAA